CAAAACCCUACCCUAAAAAAAUGAAUCAAAGACGAUUUGCCUUUAGAUAUGGUAUGUUGUAGGCAGUCACAUAAUAGUGCGGGUCGAUCAAGAAAGUAUAAUACUCCGAUAGAACUUGUUUUGGUGUGUAUUCUGCGAUGAGGUAACGCUCAAAUCAGUGUGAGCAAGCAACUGAGCAAGCCUACCAAUGCCAUUUGUGGAAUUCAUAGCAGGAUGCAUCUCAGGAGCAGUAGGGUUGGCUUUUGGUCACCCAAUGGACACAGUGAAGGUGCGUCUGCAGACCCAGGUUAAAUACAAGGGGAUUUUUGACUGUGUGGCUAGGACAUACACUCGCGAAGGGAUCCCUGGGUUCUUCAAGGGCAUGGCAUUUCCUGUCCUGACUACUGGCAUCACCAACGCUGUGGUCUUUGGUUCCUAUAGCAAUGCUUUAGACUACCUCACUCAGUCCCAACGGAACGACCGUAGCCAAGGCAACCCUGCCUCUGCAUCAGCAGUCUUCGCAGCUGGCUGUUUCUCAGGUCUGGCACAGGUGGUGGUUACUGCGCCUGUUGACCUGGUGAAGGUACGCCUGCAGUCCCAGACCAAGGGCUGGGCUGGGGUCGGUGGUGACGGGUAUCGAGGUCCCAUUCACUGUGUGACUGUCAUCCUGAGGGAGGAGGGGCCAAGGGGAUUGUUUCGAGGGGGGUUGGCUCUUACCCUGAGAGAUGUGCCCUGCUAUGGAAUCUACUUCCUGCCUUACGAGAUCACCUGCAGGUUUCUGACUGAAGAAGGCAAACGGCCAGGCACAUUUGCGGUAUUAAUGGCGGGUGGGGUGGCAGGCGUGGUGACGUGGGCCUUUGCCACACCCAUGGAUGUGGUGAAGGUGCGGCUGCAGAUGUCCGGUGCUGGGGGCCGGGUGUACCAGGGGGUCCUGCACUGCAUGAGUAUGAGUCUGAAGGAGGAGGGGGUGAGGGUGUUCUUUAAGGGGCUCCUCCUGAACAGCCUGAGGGCCUUCCCUGUCAACGCCAUCACCUUCCUCAGCUAUGAGAGCCUGAUGAGUUUCCUCACCCGGCCAUCUGCAGACUGACCAUAAGACUAUAUACAUCUCCUGGAUACACUCCGGUCUGACCAAAUGAUGGAAAGAAUACCAACAUUGGAUGGGCAAACCACCAUUAUGUGAAAUUAACUGGUAUAUACAGUGUACCUUAGCAUGCUAUACUCAGAAUUGUAUCUGCUAUACUGGAGUUACACACACUUUUGUGAUAUCCUCAAUGUGGGCACUGUGACAGGGCUCAUGAUCCUGUUAUAGUAGGGCACAGUGCUGUGAUAUCAUAAGGUAUGACAAUACUUAUGGAUGCAAACUGUCAUACAGCAUCACCUCUCAAAGAGCUAUGAUACUAUCAGUAUUUUUUGUCAUGACAGACUACAACAAAACCUUGAAUAUAAAAACCCUUGGAAACCAAAUACCAAAUGUUUAUGCCAAGACAUGAUGCAUUUAUGUACUGUAUAAACUUCAUAGCCUACAUUUAUAAUAACUUUGUAAUAAAGAAAAUGUGAAGCAAAUGGGAAUGUAGUUGGUUUAUUGCUGACAACCAAUCCUCAAUUCAAAUCAUUCUGACUUUAGUUAAAUCAACCCCCUUCAACAUGUAAACAUUUAGUAAAAUUAUGCAUAUUUAACUUCUUGCAUAAGUCAAUGUAUUCACCCCCUUGGAUUUAUUCACAUUUUGUUGUGUGACAAAGUGGGAUUGAAAUGGAUUUAGUUGGGAUUUUUUGUUAUUGAGUAUCACAAAAUACUCCAUAAUGUCAAAGUGAAAAGAAAAUUCUACUUAAUAACUAAAAUAUAGUUGUUGCAAAAGUAUU